AUGCACUUCAACGCCGUCGUCGUCUCCGGCCUCGUCGCCGCCGCCGCGCACCGGGCCGGUGCCUCACCGUGCCCCAAGCCGCUGCCGACGUCGUACAAGCCCAUCACCAGCAUUCAGUUGGGCCCGAGACCCUAUUGGUUGGUCAAUGACAUGCAAGAGGGCCCUCUCAAGGACAAGCUGCAGUCCUGCUCCGAGCAGCCCAUGAAAUCCUCUAAAUGGAGCAUUGGUCACCGUGGCGGCGGUACCAUGAUGAUUCCCGAGGAGUCGGUUGAGUCCAACCUCGCCGGUGCCCGUAUGGGUGCGGGCAUCCUCGAGUGCGACGUCGCCUUCACCAAGGACCGCGAGCUUGUCUGCCGUCACUCGCAAUGCGACCUGCACACGACGACCAACAUCGUCACCAUCCCUGAGCUCAAUGCCAAGUGCACCACCCCCUUCACCCCGGCCGCAAACGGCACUGCGGCCACUGCCAAAUGCUGCACCUCGGACAUCACCCUUGCCGAGUUCAAGACGCUCUGCGGCAAGAUGGACGGCUUCAACGCCUCCGCCACCAACCCAAAAGACUUCUUGCUCGGCACGCCGCGAUACCGCACCGACCUGUAUUCCACCUGUGCCACCGUCAUGACCCUCAAGGAGCACAUCGCCAUGACCGACGACCUGGGCCUGCUCUUCACCCCCGAGCUCAAGGUUCCUGAGGUUGAGAUGCCUUUCGACGGGGACUACACCCAGGAGAAGUACGCCCAGCAGCUCAUCGACGAAUACAAGGGCGCCGGCAUUGCCCCUGGGCGCGUCUGGCCACAGUCCUUCUACUACCCGGACGUCCUCUACUGGCUCAAGGCCGAGCCUGAGUUUGGCAAGCAGGCCAUCCUCCUCGACGAGAGUGGCGACACCCCGGAGACAUUCCCCUACGCCGUUGGCAACCUGACCGAGUUCGCCGCUGGUGGCGUCAAGAUCAUGUCGCCCCCGCUGCACUAUCUGGUCACCGUCGAGGAUGGCAAGAUCGUGCCGAGCAUCUAUGCCACCAGGGCCAAGGAGCUGGGUUUCAACAUCAUCUCCUGGUCCCUUGAGCGUUCCGGCUUCUUGAGCGAUAGCUCCAAGGGCGGGUACUACUUCACCACCGUCGCCAACGUUACCAACAACGAUGGCGACGUCUACAACCUGCUCCACGUCCUGGCCCAGGACGUUGGUGUUUUUGGCGUCUUCUCCGACUGGAGUGCCACUGCCACCUACUACGCCAACUGCUUUGGUCUGCUCUAA